GCCAUUAAUCGCACUUGCAAGAUGUUUCUUGACAUAUCAAGACGACAACAGAAAGUUCUGUCCUUAAUAGGCACUUUUGUUGCCCUAACAUUUCCCAUUGUAUUGUUUUCGACUUCUCAGGUGGCGUACAUUUACCAACAUCUAAGCUACUGGGCGCCUACGAUAAUAUACUGCGUAUAUACGGCGCUUAUAUUUCAAUUCAUACUUGUAUGCGCUAGCAAUCCUGGGUUCUUAGAGAAGAAGCAAUUUCCUGGCCACGCUUACAAUCACCUAUCCGGAUCGCAUCGUCGCGUGGCUCCGCAGAGAUUUCUUGAGGUACAUAUUAACGGCCAGCCUGUCAGAUCAAAGUAUUGCGUCACAUGUCACAUAUACAGGCCUCCUAGGACAGUGCAUUGUUCUAGCUGUGGCGGUUGCGUGCUUCGAUACGAUCAUCACUGCCCAUAUGUGGCAAAUUGUAUUGGCUUUAACAAUUACAGAAGGUUUUCUUACUUUGUGGCAACAUGCUGCUUGUACUAUUUGCUGAUGUUUCUUGCUGGAGUUUACCGCUUCGUUGGUUUCUUUCCUCAGCUCUGGAUGACUUUCCACACCUUCCCUACAUCUUCGACUUGCACGGUUAUAUCUAUGGUACUAUCAAUUUUAAUUCUUUGGCUUGUAAGCGGCCUCUGCUGUUUCCACGUGGUAAUUAUUGUUAAAGGGCAAAGUACGUAUGAUCGUCUAAAAGGUACCUAUGGAGACUUCAACCCCUUCUACCGUGGCUGCCGUCAAAGUGCUCGUGAUAUGCUGUGCACCACAACUCGAGUGCCUGCUUUUACAAAUCCACUGAAGCCGCGUUUAGGUGGCACGACAUUGUUCCAACCCGGCGCAAUGUUCACUUCUAAGGAACAUCAAGAGGAAAUGCAACGCCAGAAUGACGAUUUCAACGGAGCUGAUACCUUGAAUAAGUUGAACACGCACGAGAAGAACACCUUAAAGUACAUAAGGACGUUUGGUCAAUCUGAGCUUGCCAUACUUUCUCAGCAAGCUCAAGAUAUUACCACCUUUAAUUCACCAUAUGUGGACAUGGUACCCCAAUAAAGUA